AUGGGAACUGAAGAAAAGCAUAGUAGCAUAGAUGAUAACAUCUACAUAGCAUCGAAUUAUGAAGGCACAGUGAGACAACUAGACAUAUACUAUGGGAUCGUUAAGAGGCAACUAUUGUGUUAUCAAAGCCCCAUAACUGGUCUUUUCCCAGUUUUAUCAACUGAUAUAGAAGUAGGAAGUGUUCGUGACAGUAUAUAUUGUGCCUCUGCUGUCUGGGGGCUAUUUCAGGCUUACAGGAGAAUAGAUGAUGAUAGAGGCAAGUCCUAUGAACUAGGACAAUCAACUGUGAAAUGUAUGAGAGGCAUUUUAGAAUGCUGGGUGAAACAAGCUGAAAAAAUACAACUGUUCAAAAAGAAUCAGUGUUGUGCCAAUGCUUUACAUGUCAAAUUUCAUUUAACUACUGGGAAUGCUAUAUUGAGUGAAACUGAGUAUAAUCAUCUUCAAAUAGAUGUUAUUUCCAUCUAUCUCCUGUUUUUAGUGCAAAUGAUUACAUCAGGAUUACAAAUUAUUUAUACACAGGAUGAGGUUGCAUUUGUACAAAACCUGGUUUAUUAUGUUGAGAGAGCAUAUCGCACACCUGAUUUUGGUAUGUGGGAAAGAGGAAGUAAGUACAAUGAUGGGACUCCAGAAAUACAUGCUAGUUCUAUUGGACUUGCCAAAGCUGCUUUGGAAGCUAUAAAUGGUUGCAAUUUGUUUGGUGAAAAAGGUGCUUCAUGGAGUGUAGUGUAUGUAGAUAUUGAUGCACACAACAGGAAUAGAAGUAUAUUUGAAACACUAUUACCAAGAGAAUCUUGUUCAAAGGAUGUUGAUUCUUCACUGUUGACUACAAUAUCUUUUCCUGGUUUUGCAACACAUGAGGAAAUGUUAUAUCAUGAAACUAAGAACAAAAUUGUGAGUAAUUUGAAAGGGAAUUAUGGAUUUAAGAGGUUUAUUCGUGAUGGUUUCAAAACUGAGAUUGAGGAUACCAACAGAAAGUACUAUGAAAAAGGAGAAAUAAAAAAUUUUGGGAAUCUGGAAUGUGAAUGGCCCUUGUUUUAUAUAUUUAUGAUCAUUGAUGGAGUAUUCAAGUCCUUACCUGAUCAAAUUCUGGAAUAUCAGGAACUUCUUAAAGAAAGAAUCAUGGUAGACCAUAAUGGAGAUCCUGUUAUUCCCAUGUACUACUAUGUACCAAAAGAAAACAUAGAAACUGAAAGAAAUGAACCAAAUUCAACUACCAAAAAGCCUUUCACUAAUGGGGGUUUGUUCCUGUGGAAUCAAUCAAUGUUCAUUUUGUCUCAACUGUUAACUGGAGGUCUUCUUCACAUCAAUGAGUUAGAUCCUAUCAGAAGAUAUUUGCCUUCUCAUAAUAGACCAAAAAAAGGUGGAAGAUAUUCAGCAUUCCAGGCUAAAUCUUAUUUUGGAACAGCGACAGACCUGGUGGUCCAAAUAGUCCUCAUCGCCGAAUCGAUGCGUCUGCAGGCCAUGAUGGCCACCUACGGCAUCCAGACGCAAACGCCCCACGAGGUCGAACCGGUGCAGAUCUGGUCCUCCUCGCAGCUGGUCAAAGUGUACACGAACCUGGGCGUCAACCACAAGUUGAAGCUGGAAGGGAGGCCGGUCAGACCGGUGGGGAGCCUGGGCACCAGCAAGGUGUACAGAAUAGCGGGAGCCACUGUCCUAUGCUACCCUCUUAUAUUCGAAACCUCCGAUUUCUAUCUGUACCGAGACAUGGCGCUCCUCAUAGACGACAUCAAAACGGAGCUGCAGUUUGUAGGGAGGUACUGGAGGCUUUCCGGCAGGCCUACGGUCUGCUUGUUGAUGAGAGAGGAGCAUAUGAGAGACCCGCAGUUCAAGAAGAUGCUGGACCUGUUGGCCAUGCUGAAGAAGGGGUACUGUGAUACUGUUAAAGUGCGGAUAGGGAGACUGCAGAAUCUCAUUUCCAGCUCGUGCGUGGAGCAUCUGGAUUUUAUGAAUAUCCUGGACACUCCCUAUGACAGUUUCAACCAUUUCAAACAAUUAGAACAUGAUUAUAUUGGAUACCAAAGCUUGACAGAUGUCCCAAAAGUGUUGAAUUAUCAAGAUGAGGUCAAGGAUUAUACUGAUUAUACUCAUUUCAAGCAUAAACCGACUCACGACAUAGUAAAAUCGAUCAGUAUGAUUGAGAGUAUGUUCGCAAAAUGUCAACUGUUUGGAAUACUUCAAAAAAGAGAGGGCAGAGAUUUCAGGGUGAACAAUUAUACAGUUGAAGAGCAUCUCAACAAUUUGUACCAACAAGCGGGUUGCUUGAGACACUGGGCUUCUGUCAGAUACACCAGUAGUUUGUUAAAUCACAAUGUUGAUUCUAUCAGUCCUUUCAUUACUGGAGUUUUGGUUCAUGGAAAACAGUUAACUGUUGGAGUUAUGGGCCAAAACGAAACGGUAUUUGACAAACCGAUGACACCGGCGGAAAUCCAAUCUGUAGUAUACAAUACGAUACAACCUUUCGAUGUCAUACAAGCGGUCCUUCAACAAGAAAUCAUAUUGUACUGCGGCCGCUUGAUUUCCACCAAUCCGGAUCUGUUUGAAGGGAUCCUCAAGAUCAGAAUCGGAUGGGUUUUGGAGGCGAUCAAGUACUAUUUGAACAUUUUCGGCCGCCAAAAGAAACUGGAAGACCACAGUCCUUAUGAAGUUCGUCAACUGUUGCACAAGGUUUUGUCUAUCAACGAGUGGGGAAACAAAGAACAAUUGACUCCAAGGCAAAAGAGGCAACUGGAAGGUUGCCUCUGUAGAGUACCAUCCUCAUUUUACAAUCAAGUAUGGGACAUAAUGACCAGAACACCAGAAGGUAUAAGAGUGGGAGGUAACACUAUUCCUCAGCAGCCUACCCUGUCAAAUAUGACACGAUCCGAGUUGACUUUUUCGUUGUUAGUUGAAGAGAUGCUGAAUCAUGUUCACCAACCAGAACAUAGACAAUUGUUGGUUGAAUUAUUGACAAUAGUUUCAACCAUAUUAGGAAGGAAUCCAGAGUUAACAUUCAGUCAACCUUUGGAUUUAGAACAACUCAUCAAGGAUGCAGCUUAUAUGCAUGCCAAAGAUCAUGGUAUAAAAGAUAACAAUAUAUCCAAUCUGCUAGAGAUUCCUUAUAUUAGAUCAACUGGGUAUUUAGCAAGAGCUGUUGUGAAUACAGUUCUCAAAGGAGGUCAGAUUUCAGAAAAUAUAGAAAAGGAACCAGAAUCUUGUAGAGUGUCAUAA